CGGGAGCCGUGUCCCUGGCGUAUAGUGGAUGAUGUUGGCGGUGCCUUUUGCAUGGGUGCGAUUGGCGGAGGUUUGUGGCAUACGAUUCGCGGAGCCCGACUCGCCCCGUCUGGAGCCCGCUUGGCGGGUUCCGUAAGCGCCGUACAGGCCCGCGCCCCCGUACUGGGUGGACAAUUCGCCGUAUGGGGCGGUAUCUUUGCGUGCUGCGACUGCAGUCUCACGGCAAUUCGUCAAAAGGAAGAUCCCUGGAACAGUAUCGUGUCGGGUGCAGCGACGGGCGGUGUGCUCGCGGCGCGGGCGGGACCCCGGGCCAUGGCCAGUGCCGCCGUGGUCGGCGGCGUCCUGCUCGCACUCAUUGAAGGCAUGGGAAUCAUG